AUGAUUAAAAAAAAGAAUCGAAAUAUUCGUACUAAAACAGAAAACGAUGACGAAGAAGACAGCUUGCAGGUACCCGUUGUUAAAAUAGCAAAGAAAAAAAACAAAAAUAAUAAAUCCGUUCUGAGCUUUGGGAAUGAAGAGGAAGAGGAUGAAGCCUUUAAGGUGACCAAAAGUUCUGCAAGUCGUAGAUUGGCACAAUCUAAAACAAAGCAAUUGUUUUUAAAUCAGUUAAAAUCAGUCCCUCUUAAUCUUGAUCAAGCGACAAUAUCAUCCUCCCCUUCGUAUACCAAAGAGCAUUUAUCGGAAUUACGCGCCAAUACACCUGUCAUGCCGUUAUCAUUUCAAGUACAAGAUAACGUUAUUGCGGAAAAAUUUCCAUCCACUCUAGGAUCUGGCCAAAUUUCGGGAAUACCUGAUGCAAGUGCCAUUCAUGCCGCUAAAAAAAAGAGAGAAAUGUUACGACAAAAAAGCGCUUUCCUAGAUUAUAUUCCAUUAGAUGAUAAUACGGAUGUUGAUUCUAUUUCGGAAAAAAAGAUAGAAUCGAGGCUUGUACGUGAGGAUGAUGAGAUUGGAGACGCAGAUGAAGAACUUGGACAAUACGUUGAAGAAAAAGUACCUCUUGGUAAAAAGGCCGAAAAAGAGCAUCAACGUCUCAAAAAAGCAGGAAUAAAGGAAAUGUUAAUGGAAGUUGAUUUCGAAGAUGAAGAUGACGAGAUAAUGCAAUGGGAAAUGGAACAAAUUAAAAAGGGAGGGCAUUCCCUCAAAACUUCAACAAACCAACCUCAAUCAAAGAAACCGGCUGUAAAUAUCUCAAUUCCUACAGUCACAUCUAUUAAGUCAAUAUCUGAGGUUCAGACGAUCCUUGAGCAGAAAAUGAAUGACCUACGGUACCUUCACAGUACUCACCAGUCUGAGCUUGUUCAAACUCAAAAGAACAUUGACGGUCUUGUUAAAUCAAGUGCACAAAUUGAAAACGAGUUACAAACCACCAAGAAACGAUAUACGUAUUUUCAAGAACUUAAAACGUUCGUUGAGAAUCUAGUCGAAUUUCUCGACGAUAAGUUUCCUACCCUUGAAAAAUUAGAAAGUGAUAUUGAUGCAAUGCUUAAAGAAAGAACCGAGCGAAUUAUGAAAAGAAUAAUGGAAGAUGACUCGGAUGAUUUAGUAUUGUUUUCAAAUGAUUAUCAAA